GUUCAUUUGGCAACAUUUUCGUGCCCGCUUCUGAGAAUUCUACUAUUGGAUGGGUCGUGUCGUAUCAUUUUCUAUAUAUUCUUAGUCUAAUUACGCAGUGAUUGUGCAAGUAUAACGCCAAAAUGCCUUUCUACGGUGGCCGGGGCCCCCCUGAUAUCAAGGGCAUGUCCUCUUUGAAAGUGGACAAUCUUACAUACAGAACAACUCCUGAAGAUCUGCGACGCUGUUUCGAGAAAUAUGGCGACAUCGGUGAUAUUUAUAUUCCUCGCGACAGAUUCUCUCGGGAGAGCCGAGGGUUCGCAUUUGUUCGAUUUUAUGAUCAGCGUGACGCUGAAGAUGCAAUGGAAGCUCUGGACGGACGUCGUCUUGAUGGGCGCGAGCUGAGGGUGCAGAUGGCGCGAUACGGGCGUCCUGAAACGCCCCCCAACAGGCGACGCAGAAGGAGCCGCUCCAUUUCGCGCUCUCGUUCGCGAAGCCGCUCGUCAUCGAGGCGCCAUUACCGCCGUUCACGCACUCGCUCCCGGUCCAGAUCUCGCUCACGUUCUCGCAGGAGGCAUUACACCAGGUCGCGAUCGAACUCUCGCUCCCGCAGCGGCAGCAAGAGCAGGUCACGCUCUCGUUCAUGCGACCGCCGACGCGACGACGGAAGCAAAAGCCCUGAGCAGGAUCCCCCUACGCACCAACAUGAUGCUGAGGAGCGCCCGGUCCAAGACAGCAAUGGGCAGCAUCGUGAAGACUCGGCUGAGAAGGAUGCCGCUCCUUCUGGCGCUAGUGCCAGCAACGACCGAAGGAGCCGAUCACGUUCGCGCUCCAGGUCUCGAUCGCGCUCACGUUCUCGCUCUGGCUCCAGGUCCCCGUAGAGGAAGCUGGCAACUUAGGACUUGGAGUAUUGUUGGAAGCAGCGAGGAAGCUGUAACUGCUUGCUCAAUCUCAGCAGCUGAUGCAAUGGGUUGAAGCAGUGGCGAAGCUUGAUUUUUGCCCAAGUAAUUAUCGUGCACGAUGUGCUGAGUAUUAUUUAUGGCGUUUAUUUUGACUCUUUUGAAAUAUUUUGUACGAUCUCAAAGGAAAUCGAUAUCAGUUCUGGAAUAAUAAUAGGGUCAGUCAAGUGAGACAGUUAAUUUUUCUCUAACGGCUUCGAGAGCAAGUAACCAAGGCGAGAUUAGGGUGAGGUCGGCUUCAUCGACAAGUACUUUUAAGUGUGCAGGAAUCAUUAUUUUGUAUUUUUUCCGUAAGGUUAAUUAGUAUCACGGAUGCAGUGUUACGCGAGUUAAUUUUAUUCUUUGAUCGUAGUUUUUUGCGUGUUUACCUAAUUAAAUCGUAGUGAGCAUUCCUGGACAUCUGUAGCGCGGUCCCAAACCUAUUAGCGACCGUCUUUUUCUCUGCACUAAAAAUGUAAAUACACUGCUGAAUCUGCACUAUAUUUUGUAUGACCGAAUUUUGUUUUUGCGUACAGAGCACUGCUGGCGUUGCAGUGCUGUUGGUGAGGAGCACCGCACGAGUUGCUGUUGCUUGCUGUCAUUGCUGUGCUGAGGUUGAUAGCUGAGGCUCAACCGCCAUGACAAACUUUCUUCACUGACGCGACUGACGAAAAAACUCCUUUCCACUCUCCUCUCUUAUGACUUUCAAAUAGCAACGAGUUUCAGAACCUUAUUGAGUUGAAAUUUCUGCAAUGCUUUUCUGUGCUGAUGCCCUUGAAUCAGGGUUUCUUUUUUUCUUGAGCCUGAUUUCUGAAGGUUCGAUUGUUGGGUAUCAUCUACUGCUUUAUUCAAAAACUGCUUUUUGCUGGUGUUCUAUUUACAUACCGGAACAACAUGAAACCACCAUUACAUCUAAAUUCUUCAAAUAUUGCUGCUGAUUAUCUUCAGCGCAAUCGUGACUACUACUGACUGAUGAUCGUCCAGAAUCUUGACCUGCGUUAUCCGUGGACGUGUAAAUUUGGAUGAAGAUUUAGCGGAGCAUGCGGGAGUAUUUGCUGGCGUUUGGAGUUGGGGCAGUUUGAGGGGAGGAGCUGAGACAGCUGAUCGAGUGCAGAGCAGUGCUGAUGCGGCACUGCUAUAUCGGUACGACCAUUUAUUUCACGUAUCAAAAUUAUGAUAAAUUUGUGAACAUGACACCUUUAAAUGUCAUCUUUAUUUCUCCUUUUCUAAAAAUUGACACGUUGAACUUGUCGUCUCUCAUGUGAACUUACUGGUAUCAGGUUGAGAUAAGACUAAAUAAAUUAUUUAAAAUAUCAACCUCAUUCCUCAUUUACAAUCAUUUCAAAUGGUUCUAACUAAAUUUGUAAUUUGCUUCCAUGUUGGAGAGGAGAGGAGGUGUAGCAGAGGUGAUGUUGGUGAAUUGCUGCGCUUGCUGAGGAUGCUGACGCACUUACGUAAGUGACACUUGUUACGUACUCGUACCGCGAGUUACUUACGCCGAAUGUUGCGCAUUAAAAAAUCAGAAUGUGACAACCAUCAGUCAAUGGUCAUUUUCUAUGUCCGGGAAAGAGUUGAUCAGUUCAUGCGAUAAAU